UACGAGAAUUGUCUAUUCGCCAUCAAAAUGGCGUCAUCGAAGGAAACUUAUUGUUUGUGUGGUCAACCAUAUAAUGUUGGACAAUUUAUGAUAGAGUGUGACUGCUGCAGAGAAUGGUUUCAUGGAAGUUGUGUAAAUGUAAAAAUAUAUCAUUCAGAUGAUAUAGACAAGUAUCACUGUCCAAAAUGUGAACCAACGUAUGGCCCUUCUGUCUCAAGAUUCCCAACAAAUAAUCACAGAGCAGAUCGAUAUGAAAUUGGAGCUGAAACUCGACCAUCCCAAGCUGGGACUCCAGCGUGGGUGCGAGCAUUGGCGGCAAGGCCACUGCGACCAACACAGGCCGCCUUACAGAGAAUCCGUCCUGAACAGUUCAUUGAAGAAUUUGUACAGGAUAAUGGUUUCACUAGACCUAUCAUGUUUCACAGUAAAGAGGGAUUGGACAUGAAAGUCCCGAAUUCAGCAUCAUUCAAUGUAAGAUCAGUUUUAAGAUUCUGUGGUGCACAAUUGGAGGUGGAAGUGAUAGAUGUAAGAAAACAGUCAACCCUCAGAAUGCCACUUUCAGAUUUUGUAGAGUACUUUGAGACACCUCCGGAACACAGGGAUGAUAAAGUAUUGAAUGUACUUAGUUUGGAAUUUAGUGAAACAAACAUGUCGCCACUAGUAGAGCCUCCAGGCUUAGCCCGCCGUCUAGAUUGGGCAGAACGGGUUUGGGCGGGCGGUGCUGCUGAAGGGCGGCCCAAACCAGCUGUACAGAAAUACUGCCUUAUGUCAGCAGGUGGAUCAUAUACGGAUUACCAUGUGGACUUUGGCGGUACCACUGUUUGGUACCAUGUAUUGCAUGGGCGAAAGAUAUUCUACUUGGUACCCCCAACAUCAACUAAUUUAGCGCUUUAUCAACAAUGGAGUGCUGCUAAUAAUCAAAAUGAGAAGUUCUUUGGUGAUAUGGUGGAGUGGUAUGGAACUGCGGAGUUAUGUGCUGGUGAAACAUUAUUUAUUCCAUCUGGAUGGAUACAUGCUGUAUACACUCCGUGUGAUUCACUCGUGUUUGGGGGAAAUUUAUUGCAUUCAUAUGCCAUUGAAAUGCAGCUGCAGAUAUAUGAAAUAGAGAGCCGGGUAGAAACACCGACAAUGUUCCGUUAUCCUUUGUUCGAGGCAAUGCAUUGGUAUGCUGGAGCACAUUUGUUGGCGAUGCUGAGGAGGCAUAAUGAGGAAACACAGGACGAAGAUUUUACCCUGAGUGAAAGCUAUAUUCCACCACCACAAGUGGAUUUACCCCCAUUGUUACUUCGCGGGAUAAAGAUAUUGUCAAAUGCUCUUAAGGAAUGGCAUGCUUUGAAAAGUACGGACACUUCGAAGCGUGACAAUGUUCCGAAAUGUCUUAAUUCUGGACAACUUGUUCGGGAGUUGUGUAAAGAAUUACGGGUAUUGGAAAAACGGAGCGGCACUAGUAAGGAUAAGGAUAGUAAAAUUAAAACCGUUUCGCCCACAAAACCGAAUAAUAAGAAGCAGCCGAAUACUCAAAAGAAAUCGUUAAAACUAACUCUUCCAAAACCAAUAAUGCAUAUGACUCCAAACACACAAAAUGGCGACUUUAUAGAAGAAAAGUUGUAUGCGGACAAAUUCUAUAUUGACAACAAAGAGGUCACAUUCACCGACAGAUAUUCCACAGAUAUUAAAUAUGUAGCCGAUGCAAAGUACGUCAAUAGUGACGUGAAGUACGUAGUUGAAAAGGAAGUUCCUGAGAAGUUUUAUCAAAAUUAUGAGGUCGCUUACCAGGAUAAUGCAUAUGAAGAAAGGCAAGAGAAGAAAAACAUGAAGGUUAAAGUAUCCCCGUCAUCAUCACAAGAGCCUCCACCAUACAGCCUUCCCGAGCAUUCAAUUCUCAAGUCUCACUUAAUCCGGUCUGAUCGCCUCAAGCCCAUACAGCAAUGGACCAUUUCAAAGAAGGACAUCGGAGAUUAUCAUGAAGAAGUGUUGUAUACUAAUGAGAAUCUUCAAGCCAAUGUAAGGUUAGAGGGACCGGAGAUCAGCUAUGGACCUGGUAUGUACUCGGCAGAGGAUAUUCAACAAGACUACCAAUACUCGGAGACAGCUAAACCCGGCUCUUAUCAGCAGUAUGGAAUACAACCGGCCACUGAAAUUGCAUAUGAAACCUAUCAGCGAUAUACAGAUGUCGUUCCGGCGCAUCAGGGCGCGGCGUAUAGUACGUCAAGUACGCAAUCAAACGGCGUAUACGUACCCACACCCGCGCAUACGCAGCUGCCUUCGUACGAGACGGCGAUCGCACAUCAGUACCAAUACGUAAUACAAGAACCAAAGGCACCAGAAAACACUCCCGCCACGCCGGUUCGUCGUUCAGAAAGAGCUGUUAGGCGGAGAAUGUCAAAUACGUACGAAUACGAAGAUGGGGAUUUGUAUGUGGAUGAACCGGCUCCAGCGAGGAGGAGGCCGGCCAAACAUAAAAAUAGCCAUAGACAACAUUCAGCGAGUGCAUACAGAUCUCGGCCGGCUCCGGUCAAUGGUAUAGAGUCUCUGAUACAGGCGUCUGUGCUGGCAGAAGGCGAACAGCCAGUCACCGAUACUGAAGACGCAGCGGUGGCGGGAAUGCUGAGCAUCAGCGAACGAUUCGAAGCGCAGGCGCCGAGGUCCUUCGACGUAGAGACACCGGAACGGCCGAGCCCCAACGAGAGAUUGGCUGAGAGUUCCAGUACGCCAACAAGUAGUAAACGGCCACGUAAGACGACAACCUUUAGUGCUGAUGAGGACUUCGAUGAUGAAGAGGAUAUUAUCAAAGAGGUCCAUAGAGAUGAGGAGUAUGUAUAUCCAUCGCUAGAGAUGAGUUCUGAUGAAGACGAUGAUUGGACGUCGACGCGUCGACGGCGUACUUCAAAAAAUAGAAGUGAUAACAAAGCGAAGAGCGAAAAGGAUGAAUCGUGGUCACCUCGCGCCCGUUUAGGUCGUUUAGUCCCACGUCUACGUGGCCCCGCCCGUUCGGCCGUACGACGCGAGUGCGUACGCGCAGCUUUACACGCAGCUUCGCAAGCCAAUACCGCAGUCGAUAAGGUGCCUUUGAAUCCAAAGCGUGCAGUGCUAGCGACUAAGAGCCGUCGGCCUCCACCGCCUGUACAUAAUCCAGCUAAUAACAAAAAUCUAAGACUGAAAAAGGGUAUGAAGACGGCGAAGCAACGUCUCGGUAAAAUAUUAAAAAUACACAAAAUGAUAUAUUAGAUUGUAUAUUUAGUAAAUAAUAGUUUAAUUUCUAGAUAUAUGUAAGAUAUAUUUUAUAUAUGUAUCGGACCAAUCGGUGUUGUGUCGGUAUGUAACACUGAUUUUUGUUCUCUUUCGAUUUUGGCUUCUGUAAAAGUUUUUGAAACGUGUGCAAUAUUGCUCUUAUUUUUUUAUAUUUUUCUAUACUACCGUCAUUAGUUUUUUUUCAUUCGUACAUGUUUAGGUUAAAUUUGGGCUCGUAUUUCAAAAUGUUAAAAUAGGGUGACGUAAUGUCAAAUUGUCAAUGGGAUUUGACAUACAUAGUUCGCUCUUGACGCUUAAAAAUACGCUUUACUAGUAAUUAAAAAAUAUCGAAUGUGUUCGAAGUAUCGUAAU